AGAACCAAGAUGUUUCGUUUGUCUUUCAGAACUGGAUUGUUCCUUGUUUGCCUUGGUAAGUGUUAGCUAGUAAUGUCGGUCACAAAUUGAAAAAGAGUUUGAUAUCUUGGUUUGCUCGCUUUGGUACAGUAAAUUAACCACAGUCAGUUUAAUUUCCUUGUUAACGGAAGAAGCAAAAUAAUUCAAAACCGGCAAUCAUAUUUAAGCUGAUCAUUCAUGCGAACCUAGCUGAAGUCUGGCGAUUGAUCUCAUCGGUUUUCUCGUUUGGAAACAGAAACAAAAUUAUGCUGUUUGAAAAUGAAAUUUCUUCAGCAUUUAAUUAAUCUAAGGGCGCUUACCUUUUGCCAGAACUGGUUGGCUAGACCAGUCAAGUCGAACUAGACAGGAUUAUCCCGUCAGCCAGAUCAGUUUAGGCCUUAAAUAACGUGCACAGCAGUGAUGGGUUUUAGUUAAAAUUUCAAGAAAAUAUCAAUAUUUCAUUUUCAAAAUGACUGCUCGGGUCGUCCCUUCCUGACUUUUGGAAAGCGCCCUAAUAAGAAUGGUACUGACGUCUCAAGUAAACCAGAAAUGACCAUAUAAGUACUCGCUUAAAUUUUCGUCGACUGUUGCAAAUUUCCUACCUCCUCACAAUCUGUCUAAUUUCAAAAAAACAGGAAGGACAUAAGGCGAAGUUUAGUAAUUUCAGGCUGCUGGGAUAGCUGUAUUAUAGAGCUAAACAGUUACUAUUAAAUCGGCCAGUAAUUGCAGCAACUAUCCCUGUGAAAACUAACAAAAACGCAGUUGUAAGGUCUUAAAAUUAUGAUGAAUUUUAUUUGUGAGUUUCUAGGUUCUUCUCCAAUGCCAGCAAAAUAUUUCCCAUUUCAAUAUCAUGAAGGUGAUUAUAAUAUUGUUAGCGUGAAAGUGAAUGAAACAGAGAACAAAAAGCUUCCCAAUACCUCUUAAAAUCGUCAACUGAUGAAACCUCUACAGCUCUCAAGUCCGACAGACUCAAUGUCUACUACAGACUUGGAAUUCACGCAAUAUUAAAUUAAAACCAUACAAAAUUUGAGAAAAAAAAAAGCUUAAAAAUGUUUGCAGCAUUUAAUAAUAUAUUUUUGUUUAAGGAAAAAUCCUAGAACAUGCAAUAUAUUUGCUUUCAGUUUUAAACGCCCUUUCCGGCGAGUCAUGUAGUCCAGCGAGUGACACUUCCUAUGGAUUCUAGCCCUCCAAUGAUUAAUGAUCUAAGCGGACAGGCUCAUUUGUAAUGCGUCGUUUGGUUUUUGGUCUGCUUAAAAUAAUUAAUAGAUAGCAAAGAAAGGAUAUUUGCCCUUCCUUGGAAAUGGCUAAAUCAGACAAAUUUAAAAUUUAUUUUCAUAAUUGGUAGGUUAUAAGCGCCUUGAACGUGUCGUUUGUAAAAGUCUAGUAUAUAACCUAGGCGUUUAUAGCUAACGAUUUGAAUAUCAUCAUAUUGUGAGGAUGGUUUUAGGGACUUGAAAGCACGCGACUACAGAAUUUCAGCGAAAGCGUGCUUUGGCGUAUGACUGAAGAUUUUGGAAAAAACUAUCAACUAACAUUGACAUUAUUUGGCCCAGUUUUUUUUAUGUCUUUUUUUUAAAGAAUACGCUCAAGAAAACUGUUUAGAUUGUAAUGUUUAGCAGUCACUUGUAAACGGUUCAUUUAUGUUUACAGCUAGCAUAUACCCGUACGGCUUGAUAGAAAAUGUAUGGCCCCCGUUAUUUUCCUGAAACUAUAAUUAUUCAUUAUUUUUGGGCUGUAUUUAAUGCAGGAGAUUUAAUGCAUUUUAUUGUUACAAAUAAGAUCGAAAGCAUGUCACAGUAUACGCUUACAAGUGCUUGGUGCCAAAAAAUAUUACAUGUCCAGGUUUUCGUGCGUACAAUCCUUCAAGUUUUUAAAUAAUACAUCAAUAUAGUCAAGUCAUACUUCAAGAUAUAUUGAGCGUGUGAUCACGCAAGUGUUCUGUAAAUGAACAAAGUUGAAUAAAUUUAAUAACAGGCAAGGAUCUUCCCUUGUAAAGUGGAAAGUCGCAUAAAAACUGUUGAUUUUACCUCGACAAUGGAGAAGCUCAGCUUAACCAGUGUAAAAAGACUUUAUAAAGAAGGCCGAGGGAUAUAAGAUUUGGUUUAGUACUGGUCUUCUGCAAUAAAAAGGUUCCCAUGAAUUGAGUCAUAACCUUAUCCCGCUCUUAACCAAAUAUCUGGAUUGACUGAGUUCUCUUAUUUUUUGACAGGUUUUGUUUACUAGUCACGUUUAUCUUUGAUUGGUUGGUGAAAAAACAGGAAAAUGGAAAAACGAUUAUUUUAGUCUUAGAAACUAUAGGCCCCGUCCAUACGUAUUCAGAUAUUUUUGAAAUCAGAGAUUUUUUUCUCCGUGUUAGCCUUCCGUCUACAUGUAAACGGCGUUUUUUUGGCACCAAAAACGCAGGUUUUCGAAAACGGUUCCCGUAGUGGAGAUUUCCUGAAACGCCGGCUCCUCUCGUUCCACGCGAACGGACGAAAGAAGGUUUUCGAAUACUUUGAUGUCAUACAUAUACUACUAGCAUUGCGCAUGCCCGGAAGGGGUAUAUACUAUAAUUUCAAAACUUCCAACGCAUUAGCGUUUUUAAGUGGACGAGCGAAUUAACGAUUCAAAUACCCUUCGUGUGGACGCGUAUUUUUUUAACGGGAGAAACAAAUCUUUCUGUUCUCCAAUUUCUGUUUUCGUUUAAGAUUAUAAUUAUGUGAAAGUCCCGCCACUAUGGGGUACGUGCACAGUGCUUCAUGGAAAGGCCCAUUCGUUGGAUCCUCAAUCUAAGCUUUAACAAACUUUGUUUUAUUCCAUAGCAACACUGCUAAUAUCAUGUUUCGCCACUGAUGUAGUUGACACAGCUAAAAACACUGUGCUAAUCCGUGGGGGUGAUACUUCCGUCCUAUUAGAAGGAGAGUCGGGAAAAAUUUCUACGGUCUAUUUUGAGGAGGAUGAUGAUGAUGAUGACGGCAAAGACAAUAACGAUGAUGACGAGAAAGAAGAUUUUACUGACAACAAUGAGGAGUUAUUAUCCUUUCAAGUGGAAUCACUUCAGGAGGUAGACGGUGAUGGUAAGUCGUUUUUUUUAACGUCAUGGAGUUUAUGUUUUAAAAGAGCGGGCAACUAGUGGUAAGAAUUACAUAUGAUCAGAAAAUCUCUAGAGGUCGUUUGGAGGGACAGUAAAAACAUGGCGGACAGCAAAAACCACCUGUAAAAGAGGCUCUCAAGGUUAUCCUAACUAAAAAGACAUACCUUAAAGAUCUUUAAAAUACUCUACAAUAUAGUGAGGAAAGGUGGCAUCUCUAAACUUUAAUUGCAGUUUGGAACACAAUUCAACUCCUGCAACGCGCCGUGUUCGUUGACCUUCAUGGUGUCCCUCCAAACAAUCCAAAGAAUCGUUGUGGUCGCAUAUCGUGGCCAAUUUUUUUAACUGGCUUAGAAGAUGGCGAAUUUAUUUCUCCCCAAGGGUUUACGGAAUGAGAAGAUGAUUGCUCAUAUUCAAGCUAAAAAUGUCAGAAAAACAAAGAAAGAAGAUAUACGGAAGGAACUAAAGAUCUAAAUAGAUGGAAAGAAAACAUAAACAUUUUCUAAUCACAGUCACUUGAAAUGGCCAUCGUAAGUGAAUACAGAAAAGCCUGGUAGAAGGCUAAAUCUGUUCGCUUCAGUGGAAGCGAAAUAAGGACGCCAAAGUUACAAUAGCUACGGUUUAGCUCACAGUCUGUUAGGAUGUUUUGCAGGUAAUGUCACUCCAGAAUAAGCGGUCCACGCGGUUGGACAAGCCCUACGCAAAACCAGUCUAACUGCUUUUCUCUGAUCAUUCAUUUUAAAUUUCCCUUUACAGAAAGCUAUGUACCGGUAAAAUUUUAAAUUUCACCCGAAAGAAAUUAAAAAUGCAAGUUUCUCAGCAAAGCUAGAGGGGGUCCAACAGGGGCUCGAAGGGGCAACCGGCCUCAUCUCCUUGGCCAUUUCUCUAAGCAGCCAUCUUACCUUCGGCUCCGUCAACUCUGAAAGUAAUUAUAAACACUUUUACAGUCAAUAGGCCAUUUCGACGAUCGAUUCAGUGAACUACAACCACCAGAGUUCACAUAGUUUUUGCUGUCUUAUUUUAAUUAUGUAAGAUUUAAAAAACAACAGCCCAGAUUUUCACUUAAAACAAUAGGCAAACAAAAUCAAACUGAAGGAUUCUAAUAGUUGUAGCCAAAUGACGUUACCGUUCAAAUGUGCUGUUACAGCUUGCUAAGGGCACCUUUGUAGUCUCAAAUGAGUGUGUUUUCAGGAAAACGUAAAACGUUCUUUCUUUAAACUAUUUUAUGCACGACUUGUAGAAAUUUAUCCUUGUAGACACCCUCUCAACAGUCCUAUGAAUCGUGAUUUAAAACGAGUGAGUGAUAUCAUUCUCUCAGCCCACCAGCUAAGGCUGAGACAUAACGUGAAUAAUUUUCUUCAUCUGUUCAACUGCAGGGAAGCCUGUUGGUCUUCAAGAAUCUGUACAGCACCGUGUCAGCUCUUUGGAUUCAAAAAUGUUUAGGUUUUCGGCGUUGGAUAACUCGACCUUUUAUCAAGGAAUCCCCGUGAAAACCAUCAAUAUGUCCGAUACAGUUUUGAGUAACCAGCAGGGUAACCUUCGCCUCGUGGUUAUGGUUUUUCUAAGCGCGGGUAACGUUACUUUUGGCAAUGAGACAUUUAGAGUGCAGAGUGGAACAAUGAAGUUUAACAUUGAGGUAGGUUCGGCAGGUCCUUCAGUACUGAACUUCACGCAAAGUACAAACUUUGGUCACGGUCCCGUAAUGACUUGCGUACGUCAAACAGUUGCUGAUCUGCUGACAAAUGGAGUGUAGUUCUAAAAGUGCAAUUCAUUUAAGUGGCUUGGCUUUAUAUAUAUGAGGUGAGGCUGGCCGGCUCGUGCCUUCUUUUCUUUUUUUGAGAAGAAGGUUGGCCUUCUUGCCGAGAUCAAGACUCGAAAAACCGAUGCAUGUGGGCAAGCCAGCCCGCCUUCUGAUUUAAGCACGCAUGUUUUAAGGAAAAAAGCAUGAGCCGAGCAGAACUUGCCAGGCUGAUCGCCAGCUAACCUGACUGGCUCACUCUCAUUUAGUCAGGCCUUCUAACGACAGUCACACUCUCUUGUCAAGGAGACUAAAGCACGUUCCUGCCGAAAUAUAAUGAAUGAUUAGCAAACAAAUGCAUAUAAAUUUUUCAUAAUGAUUCCACUGUUUCUUCUCCAAGGUCAGUGAUUGGCCAUUUUGUAAUGCUUCUGUAAGCUGCCUUUCACAAAGCAAGCAGCCAGAAAUUGGGAAAGGCCUUGAGCUCACACUUGGGAUUAAGAGUGAAGCAGAUGACCUUGAAGAGGAUGUCGACAGUGACAUUUGCGUGGACCCUGAUGAUGACCCGAAUGAGGAGGACGACGAUUGCCCCAUCGUCUACAAACUGGGCGGCAACUCCAAGAUGGCCCUGAAUAAAGGGGUAAGUAGAGACGGUUAGUCUGACACGUACACGAGAAACGCAUUUAUAUUUUACCGACUUUAUUAACACGAUUUGCCUGCCCACCUCGAAUGGGACGUUAGCGCAAAUAAAAACAAGCUUACCGCAAACACACCAAGAAAUGACUUAAGACAUGUCUUAAGCGCAAAAUUGACCUGAAACAACAAUAUCUUCGUGAAACGCCUCUGUAUAAAAUCAGGGGCACCCAAGUCUCGUAAAUGGUUUUCCCUGUGCUUUAGAAACCUUUUUUGUUGAUUUGGAGUUGCUCUGAAAACUAUUUGUUAGAACUUUUGUUGUCACGAAAGUCGUAGGUGGCUUUUUCGUCUCAUCUGAAAAUGUUAGUUACCCUUAUGGGUGCGGUCGAAAGUUUGAUGACAUGAAGCAGCCUUGCUUUCAUUAGAAAAUUAUAGGGGACCUUUCGUCUUUAUACCGAAGUUUUUAGGAGAGCCUUUUUUUUUUAACAAUAAUCGCAAUAUCUUGCUAUCAAAAUGUGAAUAACACAACCUCCGAAAAUCGUAGUUAAGCUGUUAGAAAACCUCCGAAUAUUUGAGGCAAAUGGAACGGUUAUCCAGACAUUUUGAGCUUUUCUCAAGCUUUAGAAAUUUCUAGGCAGUAUUUUUUUUUUAUCUUUUUACAGAAAAAAGUCGCUGGGUGCCCCUGAUAAAAUCAUGUUGAGGCCAAACCCCACCACACGACGCUACAAAUCGGAUAUUUAGGUUAAUCUUAAGUUUACCAAACUUAACAGAUAGUAUACUCUUGUUAGCCAAAUAAUCUUAAGAUUUUAUUUGACGCAAAAUGUGAAAUCAUGACGUCUCAACGGACGACGUCAAAAGCACUGAAAACGUUAGCUAACGUAAGGCAUGAUUUAACACUUGGAGGGUAUUUUUGAAAUGCCUAUGCAGGCCAGCAAAAUUAACGGCAAAUGAACUUAAAGUACCACGCCUUGAUGACCGUUUUGAGGGAUAGUUUGGCCCCACCGUGCUGGAUCGAUUUGUCCCUUUCAUUUCCAUUCUGACUGUAGCUUGUUCAAGCUCACCUUUUAAGGGAUUUCGAAUGAGUUCAUGGCACUUUCAAAGAGAAAAGGUAUACUUUUUGUCUUAAAUCUGAUUUAUUCUUUCUAUUUUUCCAGGUUUUAAUCGACAGCGGCAAUUAUGUUGCAAUGCCGAAAGGAUUUCCGAAAGUGGUGCCCAAUGGAGGAAUGAAUAAAAAGGUGAUUUUCCAAAUCCCCAUCUUCAACAACACUGCGAUCCUGGACCCCAGCGUUGACGUGGGACCCCCGACAAAAAAACCGGGCAAUGGUACUGGGCAAAACUCUGCAUCGUCCGUUCAGUUCAUUUCAGUAGCGUUUAUCUUGAGUUCUUUUUUAGUCUAUUAUCGUUAA